UACUAUUAAUUAUUAAUAUUCAAGUAAACAUUACUCUUCUUGCAUUCUUAGACGCUAAAUCGUCUUAUGGAGGCCCUGGAUAUCUACUUUGCUCUAUGGUAUCCCUGACUGCAAUCUAUGAUUCCGCUCAUGCUAUAAAACAGUCUCCAUUGAAACAUUCGAGUAUACAUGCUAAUUAUACAACAUUUGUUAGCUCAAAAAGUAAUUUGUAAUUAAUUAUAAGAGUAAAAUUUAUUUCAUUUUCAUACCGGAUAUUCUUGUUGAAUCGAAAGUAGAUGUUGCCUGCAAUAGUCAGCCUAAAAACCUUCGUCAAUUGCAGAUUACUGAAAACUCGUAUGUAUUAACUAAUUAACUUAUUACAAUCAAUUUAUGCUCGUAUAUGAAACUUUGAAAACUUAUCUUACUAUUUUCUAUGAUGCAAGAAGAAAAUACCGCUUAUUUCCAAAACUUUUAGCGGGAAAUUGUCUGAACCUCUUGCUCUUUCUAUAGCUGUGGUAGCACUGACGUUUGUCACGUGGUUUCCGCGGGAAACUUCAGCGCGCUUAAAAUUUGAAUUUAUCAAGUCAAUUUAACCUAUCGUUUAGUGAUAUUAAAUUAGUCGACAAAUAUUUAACUAUUUUGUAGCGCUUCAUCUUGUUACUUAUAAUUUAUCAAUGAAGAGAACACGAGCGACAAGUUCUGCAAAAAAAGGAAAUAAAGAUGAUUCCAAUAAUGAUGAAGUGGAAACAAAACCAAAGGAUUCUGAGCAACAUUUAGUGGUUGAAAAUUUACAAAAUGAGAAACUGAGUGACAUGUUAGAACCAUCAUCAGAAGAUGUUAAAAUUUCUGAUCAAAAACAGAAAAGUAAACUUAACUUAAAGAGUCUAAAAGAUAGAAAUAAGAGAAGCAGUCAAGAAGAGUUGGAACCAAAUACGCUUCCUUCAAAAAAUAAAGUUAGAGCAGUAGUAGAUCUUAAAAUGAUGCAAGCAGAACUAAAACAGUUAGAGGAUCCACCAACAACUGCAUGGGAGAAGGAACUAUGUUCCAGUAGAUUGCCAUAUUCAUUCUUUGAUUCUCCUUGUGAAGAAUUAGCUCAAAAUUUGUUAGGAAAAGUAUUGGUUCGUUGCCUAGACAAUGGAACUAUUUUAAAGGGUAGGAUUGUUGAAACAGAAAGUUAUUUAGGAACAAUGGAUAAGGCAUCUCAUACAUAUAAAAAUAAAGUUACUCCUCGUAAUAUGCCAAUGUACAUGCCACCUGGUACUAUAUAUGUGUAUAUGACAUAUGGAAUGUAUCAUUGUUUCAAUAUAUCUAGCCAAGGUGAAGGGUGUGCUGUUUUGAUAAGAGCUGUUGAACCCUUAGAGGGUAUGCAAUAUAUGAGUAGUCAACGAACUUCAAAAGGAACAUCAAGUACAUCUAAAAAGGCACAGAAAAAUUUUAAGACACACGAAUUGUGUAAUGGCCCAUCAAAGUUAUGUAUGGCUUUUCAACUCCAUAAAAAUCACAGUAAAUAUUCUUUGUGCACUUGGAAAGGUUUGUGGAUUGAAGAUGGUGACGUGGAGAAUAUAAAAAUCGUGAAAUGUCGUAGAAUAGGAAUAGAUAACUAUGGAGAAGAAUGGACCAACAAGCCAUUGCGAUAUUACAUUCACGGUAACAAAGCCGUGAGUAAACGAAACAAAGAUGCUGAACUACUAUUAGGACUAAAUUAAAUUAUAAUCAAUGUAAUGUGAACCAAAAUUUGUUUUUUUAAGACGAUUUAAUAUAUUGCACGAAUUUAUAUUUCUAUGAUCUUAUGGUGUUCUCGGAUUAUUUCAAUUUUUUAUUUUUAAAUUUACAAAUAAUUAUAAUACAUGUAUAAAAUAAAUAGUUUUCACGUUCAAUAAGAUGUAAUAUAUACUCUGUUUGUUACAAAUAAUAAUCGUGACAAAUAAAUGUAACAUGUAAUAAUA